AGUGAUUGAUAUAAUGCUCUAGUCCCUCGUGGUUGUUCUGGAUAGUGCCUCCGGGUCCGAAUGCUGUGUUUCUAUAUACGAUACAUGAUUCUCCACGGUCUUCUCAGCCUAGGACUACCGGGUACGUACUGCUUGCCCUGUUGCAACGGAUUCGAAUACUCCCGGAUAGUUUCCUUACUGAAUAGCGCUUGCCUCAUGUACAUGAGACCCAAAGCCCCCGAGUGAUUGAUAUAAUGCUCUAGUUCCUCCGUGGUUGUCAAUUCUAGUCAUUGCCUCCGGGUCCGAACGCUAUGAUUCUAUAUACGACACACGAUUCCCCACGGAUUUCACAACCUUUUACUACCAAUGAUUGCGCGUCGUGCACGUCGAAGAGCUCAAGCAACCAUACGAGUCCCGCCACGGAAUCUCAUCCACACAAAACCACCCGAAGAAUGUAACCCCCAAACCGCUUCACCACUGUUCUCCGCUAUCCCUCCUGAAGUCCGGAAUAUCAUCUUCCAACUCGCUCUAUGCAGCUACCGGGACGAAGCCCGAGCAUACCCUGGAAAUGCCUACUACUUCCGCCCUGGAUACGAGUACGGUCAGCGCAUAGACACAGCGCUCCUUCUCACCUGUAGGCGGGUCUACAACGAAACUCGUCUUCUGCCCGUCAUCUGCAACGAGCAUGUGUUUUGGUGUUUUCGCGGCCCGCCUGGGUCAAGCGCCCAGCCCGCCAGAUACUUCCGAAAUAUGGCGGAGGAGCAACAGGAUGCCGUCGAUUGCGUGCACUUUUUCACGCAGCUGUUUUGGUUAGAGGAGAAUUUUGCUGGAGCCUGUGCCAUCGCGGAGAUGCGUCCGAGAAAGCUAAAAAUUACGAUCAGACAUUCAGAUUGGUGGUACUGGGAGCAAAAUCAGCGGUUGGCGCUGAAGGGUGGGUGGACGGAUAAGAUUAGGCUGUUGAAGCGCCUGGAGGAAUUUGAGAUUGAGCUGGAGACGUUUGAGAGGGAUAAGGACCAGAUGCUUGCUAUUGCUCAGAGAAUACGCAACUGGAAGAUCGAUCUGUGGGAUGGGCGUGUGUUGAGUACGGAAGGACGUCCCCUUGUUCAUGGUCGCUGGAGGGGAACAUCGAUUUUUGAAGGAAAUCUUGGGUACGACAAGGUAAGGAACGCUUGGGUCCAUAGGUCCGGUGUUGUAGGUCCUGCGGUCCCUUUAGUGUAUCAUACGGUAACAGUCAAGUGGGUUGCAGUAUGAAGAUCGUUAUGUUGUAGUUAGCGUGUUCACUGGGACCAUAUACGUAGACGAGACGAAUAUCGAGAGACUGAACACCAGAUAAUUAUCGUCGUGCAGUAUCGGCGCUAUGGUGUAGUGGCAGCACAUGGGAUUCUGAUGACACGUGGGUGGAGGCAUUCCCAUAACCCAGGUUCGAACCCUGGUAGUGCCUUUCCUUUUUUAUGUCGAAUUUUUUGGGCCAAGUCCCAAGAACUUAGAAAUUUUUUUCACUUUUAACUUAUUGCUUGAUGUUGUAUAGGCAUUAGGCACUAAUCCCGAGAUUUAGAGAGGCCUGCAGACUAUCGGAAGCAGCAGAUACCGACUUUGAGCGCCAUUUGCGUAUUAUGUACCACCGUAACUAUUCACCAUCCUAUUGCUUUAUUCCCUGACCUGCCACUGAUGAUGAUAAAAGAGAAAGCAAAGCAAAG